ACGUACGUACUUGUGAUCUGUACAAGGAAUGGCGAAGGAAAUUCGAUUCUUUGAGUUGAACACGGGGGCCAAGAUGCCUUCCGUUGGCCUCGGAACCUGGGACUCCGACCCUGGUGUGGUCGCCGUCACCACCGCCAUUAACGUCGGAUAUCGACACAUUGAUUGUGCUCAACUUUAUGGCAACGAGAAGGAGAUUGGGUCUGCUAAUUUGAAGAAGCUGUUUAAUGAUGGUGUAGUGAAGCGUGAGGACUUAUGGAUCACCUCCAAACUCUGGUGUACGGAUCAUGCUCCAGAAGAUGUACCAAAGACAUUUGAUAAAACCCUGCAGGAUUUGCAGCUUGACUAUCUGGAUCUAUAUCUAAUACACUGGCCAGUUGGGAUGAAAAAGGGGUCAGUUGGAUUUAAGUCGGAAAACCUUACACAGCUAGACAUACCAAGCACAUGGAAAGCAAUGGAGGCGCUAUAUGAUUCUGGCAAGGCUCGAGCUAUUGGAGUAAGCAAUUUCUCUACAAAGAAGCUGGAGGCUUUGUUGGAGGUGGCCAGAGUGCCUCCUGCUGUCAACCAAGUGGAGUGUCACCCUCUCUGGCAGCAGCCAAAGUUGCAUGCCUUCUGUAAAUCUAAAGGAAUUCACCUAUCUGGUUAUUCACCAUUGGGUUCCCCCGCCAUGAGGAUUAUGAAAAAGGAGGUCCUUAAAAACCCAACUCUCCUUUGGGUUGCAGAAAAACUGGGGAAGACUCCUGCACAAGUGGCUCUUCGUUGGGGGCUGCAAAUGGGUCACAGUGUACUGCCUAAGAGCUCAAAUGAGACAAGGAUCAAGGAAAAUUUUGACCUUUUUGGCUGGUCUAUACCUGAUGAUUUGUUUGAAAUGUUCUCUGACAUUGAGCAGGCAAGUAGCAUGAUUAUAGCUGUUGGGUAUAUAAUCUUGCAGGAGAGGAUAAUUAAGGGCACUCCAUUUGUUCAUGAGACCUUCGGUGCCUAUAGGACCAUUGAAGAACUCUGGGAUGGGGAGCAGUGAGCAGAUCUGAUUUUUGAAACAUUAUGGUUUUGCAUAUCCUGUUGGAUUAUAUA